CAGAGAAGAUGGAUAAAAUGAUGUUUGGAAAGACACACAGCUUAUUUAUCAGUUGAAAAGAUCAACUUGCCACAUUGGAUUCAAAGUUGUUGUUUUUUUCUAUCUAGUAAUGGAAAAAGACCCAAACUGGAAAAUGGAAUACAGACUGGAGUUAAUGGUGCUUCUUGUUUUGUUGAUAACGGCUUCAUCUAUCGCCCUGAGCAGAAAAGAUACCACAGAAGCCAUGGUUUACUUAAAGAAGUAUGGCUACCUGCACAUCCCACUGGACAGUAAAGUUCAAGAUUAUUCACAUGAGCAAAUAGCGGAAGCUUUAAGAAUGUUUCAGAAAGUGACCAACCUGCAGGUAUCAGGAAAACUGGAUUUAGCCACGCUGGCAAUGAUGAAUAAACCAAGAUGUGGUCUGGAGGAUUCUUUCAAUAACAGGUCUCUCAAAUAUCGAGUCAUGGGUUACUGGCGUAAGAAAAUGCUGACCUACCGCAUUUACAAUUACACUCCUGAUCUGGGUCAGGGAAAGACUCGCGUGGCCAUCCAGAAUGCUUUUAAGUACUGGAGUGAUGUAUCACCUUUAAGGUUCAGAGAGUUGGAUCGAGGGAGAGCAGACAUCAAAAUCUCAUUUCACAGAAAAGAUAAGACGUGUCCAGUACCCUUUGAUGGCCGAGGCCGUGUUUUAGCGCACGCUGAUGCCCCCGAGUCCGGCAUUGUGCACUUCGAUGAGGAUGAACUGUGGACAGAAGGGAAGAGUUCUGGCUCCAACCUGAGGAUUGUGGCAGCUCAUGAGAUCGGUCACGCUCUAGGCCUGGGCCACUCACAGUACUACAAUGCACUGAUGGGACCUGUUUACAAUGGAUACCGCUCUGACUUCAAGCUUCAUCCAGAUGACAUACAAGGGAUCCAAGCUUUAUACGGAAAGCCAGAGAAGACUCCUGAAGCCAGAAAUCCAGGACAGUCAAAGCCAGGAGGAGUUAUUCCAAAUCCUUGCAAAGCCACUGUGGAUGCAGUUAUGUUGGGUCCUUUGCGUAAGACAUACUUUUUCAGUGGGCAGUAUGUGUGGACAGUGUCCAACUCUGACUACAACACUCCCAUCCAGAUUUCCGCACUGUGGAAGGAGCUGCCAGGAAGCCUCAGUGCAGCUGUUCACUCUCAGCGAACUGGCAAAUCCUACUUUCUGAAAGGAGACAAAUUAUGGCGAUACACAGGCUUCAAACUUGACCAGGGCUUCCCCAAACGUUUGUCCAACAUCCCUGCAAAUAUUGACUCUGCUUUUUACUUCAAUAAGAACCAGAAAAUCAUCUUUUUCAAAGGCUCUGGAUACUGGCAAUGGGAUGAAAUUGCUCCAACAGAUUUCAAAUCAUACCCUAAACCAGUUGGACAACUCUUCAAAGGGAUGCCCAGCAACACUGACGCUGCUCUAAUGUGGACUAAUGGUUAUGUAUACAUAUUUAAAGGCACCGAGUAUUGGCGUGUAAACCAAAACUACCAAGCAGUGGAGAAGACCUACCCUCUCAACACUGCCUUGCGCUGGAUGCAGUGUGACGACUGAGCCACCAGAGGCCACUGGGGACUCAAUGUUAACCUUAUCUGCACAAUGACUUGGUUUAAUAACAGUGAAACAAGCUCACAGUAUGGGUAUUGGUUAUGUGGGUGUGUGCAAUGAUAUUUGCUUCACAGUUCUGUCAUGUUGAGAAUAAAUGUAAUACUAAAGCUUCCACUUACCGAGAUAAAAUCUUUAAUUAAACUAACAAAUAAACUAGUAACUAGUUAAAAUAGUUAUCUUUAAUUAUGCAUACUUCUGCUUCUCUUCCACUUUAACAUUAAAUAAACAGACCAAUCAAACAGGAUAACAAAGGAGAUGACAUUAAUCACAGAACAUGUGAGGAAUACUUCACUGUAGCCUUCUACCUGUGGUUGCAUUUUAUUGGUGCAUGUGUACAUUAUGUCAGUAUAUUAUACGAGUUAUAUCAAAUGUUGUUAGGGUGCCUUUUUUUAAUGUCUGGCCACAAAUGCCAGAUGAAGGAGUCCUGGUAAAAUCUAAACGAAUCAAAUAAAACCAAAACAGAUUUUUGUGAAGCUCACGCUGCUCUUAACAAAGCAGGAGUCUUAAGAAGUCAGAGUAGGUGGAAAGCACCUGUGUAGUUGUGCAUGCAGGGUCUUUGAAGGAUAAGGUCACUUUACCUGAUAAGAAAGUCAACUUCAGACACGUGAACAAGAUCAGCAGGCAGUUUUCAUCACAUGGAGAUCUGUGUUUCCAAAUACCUAACUUCUGUGUUCACUUUUAUUUAGGCACCAGUUUAUUAUAAUUAAUUAAAAUGAAACUAAAAACUACGACCCGAUGUGAACAACUGAAAUAACUGAAAUAAAAAUCAGACUUUGAAUAGGCUGACAGAAAAUGUUAUUGUGCUUUCAAAAAAAUAAGAAUUCAUUUUGCUGCCAUGUGGGAAACAUCAGAACACUUGUAUAUGUUUUUUUGUCACUGUAAUUUUUCGAUUACACUGUUUGUGUUGUAAUAUCUAUUCUGGACUUCUUAGCACUUGCCCCUGACAAAUACCACCCACAUUAAAAAAAAAACUGUAUUAAAACUGGACAUUGUCAGGCCAUAAAAAGCUCAUUUGUGAAAUGUGCAAACCAGCAGAAACUAGCUGAAGCUACACUGAAAUGGAAACUUAAAUUCAAAAUGAAAGGAAAACUAAAAGUAACAAAAAAUUUGAAACUGUAUUUACUCAUCAUUCUGUACAAAUAUCUCCAUAAUUUCAUUGUACAUGUACAAGGACAAUAAAGGGCUAUUCUAUUCUAUUCUAUUCUAUUCUAUUCUAUUCUAUUCUAAAUCCUUGUAGGUAAAGUGCAAAGUUAACAUAACUGAACAGUAGCAAUAUUAACUGACAAAACAAAGGGUGGAAAAAAAGUGGGAUUAACAUUUAAACAAAUGUGAACAAAGGGAAGGUUAACCUUAAGAACAAAAUUGACAUAUUCAUACAUUAUAAUUAAAACAACAAUGGCAGUUCCAGAAAUCAUGAACACGUUUUCAUAGUGUUCAUAGACUUCUUGUUUUCUUCUUUUCUACUAACCUGAACCCCAUAAAACUGCACAAAACAAAGUGCAUCUACCAAGUGGCAACAUCCAGAAGGGGCUGCAAAGUCAACGCUGCAGUUCCAUGCAUCAUGAUGCAUCUAUACAGUUUAUGGAUCAAGCUAAUGGUAAUACUAGUAGAUAACUCAGCCCUUAGGCCUUUUUGUCCAAAUUUGGUCACUUCUGAUUCCAAAACAUGCAACAUGCUGAAGAAAUGCUGAAGUGAAAGCUUUUAAAAUGGAUUUAACAUUUAGACACAAAAGGUUCUUGUUUGUGAAAGGUCAGAGGAUGUAAACAUGAAUGACAUCUAGCUCUGUAAUGCUGGCCGGCUGCAUUCUUCUUUCAUAACAGUGACAAAAUGGUGUAGAGAAAACAGCUGCUGUAUGAAAAUUACUCCAAGAAGGCGUGUGGAUUUUUUCUGUAACCUAGUCAUGACUUUUUGGAGGAGAUACAGUUUCUGAGUCAAAUGUAUUUGUGACCUACAAAUAGGGGAAUUUUUAUCCAGCCUCUCUAUAACAGAUAUCUCCAAAGAAGGACAACACACUAGAGGAGUAUAAAUGGAUUAACAACAGUACAGAGCAGAGGAAAAGCACGUUUUAUUUGACCUUUUAAAAGUAAGGAUGUAACCUUGAAAGAUGAAAUAACACAUCAUCUGGUUUUCAAAUUCAAACUUGAACUCAUAAACAACUAAACACACUCUUCACCAGUUUUAAUAACAUCAGUGGUUUUGAUGCUGCUGACAUCCUUAUCUUUGGUACGAUCAGUGGCCCAUAGUGGAUAAUGUUAGCAAAUGUUGCAUAAACAUCACGUUGCUGAUUUAAUGACUCUUAACAUAAGACAAUACUCCAAAACAGCCGACUGUGAAGCUGCACUGCUGUCUGAUCAAUAUUUUAUUGGUCUACCAUUCAGAAUGAUAUGUUUUAUGUAUAUCCUUGGUUUCAUCGCAUGUGCUGGCACACAUUUAUCUUUUAUAGGUGUAAUGAUUACAUUUCAAAGUAAUCUA